UUUGCUCCCUUUAAAAAAGCAGAAAAAGAAAAUUAUUUUCAUAAUUUCACACUCCCUACGGCUACGGCUGCCUUAAUACUUCCUUUACCGAUGACACUCACACGGAGAUAAUACAAUUUAAAUUUAUGGUUCUGAAUCUUUCCCUCCCUGGGAAUGUUUUUCCUGCGAGAGCCUUCAAAUUCCUCAGAGUCUCUUCUUUAUUGGGUAUCCACUCAAACACCUGCUUCGACAGUGACCAUUUCUUUUGUAGCUUCAACCCCGUCACUUUCUAUGCAUCUUUGAUUGAUAAUUCAGUCCACAAGAGCCAUUUAAAUCAAAUUCAUGCCCAGUUGCUAGCAUCUGGAUUGCAGUAUAGUGGUUUCUUGAUUACUAAACUCGUUAAUUGUAGUCUGAAUCUCGCGGGAAUUCACUAUGCGCGUAAAUUGUUUGAUUUUUUUCCUGAGCCAGAUGUGUUUUUGUGGAAUGCGAUCAUUAGAUGCUAUUCGAGGCACAGUUUCUUCAAUGAUGCUCUUGAAAUGUAUUCGAGAAUGCAAAUGGCAUGGGUGAGUCACGAUGGUUUCACUUUUCCUCUUGUCCUCAAAGCUUGCAGUGCCUUGCUGGCUCUUGAUGUGGGCCGGGGGAUACAUGGGCAGGUUUUUAGGUGUGGGUUUGAAGGCGAUGUGUUUGUACAGAAUGGUCUCGUGUCAUUUUAUGCCAAAUGUGGUCAGAUUCAGCAAGCUAAUGUCGUUUUUGAUAGGUUAAGUAAUAAGACGAUUGUUUCUUGGACUUCUCUCAUUUCUGGGUAUGCACAGAAUGGGGAGCCGGUUGAAGCUUUGAGGAUUUUCAGUCAAAUGAGAAAAAUGAAUGUCAAUCCUGAUUGGAUCGCUCUCGUGAGUGUCCUUAAGGCGUACACAGAUAUAGAGGACUUGGAACAUGGCAAAUCUAUUCAUGGUUGUGUUAUUAAAAUGGGCCUUGAAUCUGAGAUUGAUUUGCUCAUCUCACUUACUGCCAUGUAUGCAAAAUGCGGGCAAGUUAAAUUUGCUAGGACGUUUUUUGAUCAGGUGGAUGUCCCAAAUUUGAUAUUGUGGAAUGCAAUGAUUUCUGGUUAUGCAAAGAAUGGAUAUGCUGAGGAAGCUUUGGAGCUCUUUCGUCAAAUGAUAACACAGAACUUUAGACCAGAUUCUAUUACUGUGACUUCUGGCAUCUUGGCUUGUGCUCAAAUGGGAUCUCUUGAAUUAGCAAGAUGGAUGAGUGAUUAUGUCAGUAGGACUGAAUUUAGCAAAGAUGUUUUUGUUAACUCUGCCCUCAUUGAUAUGUUUGCAAAAUGUGGUAGUAUCCAUUUGGCUCGCAUCAUUUUUGAUAGAGCAUUGGAUAAAGAUGUCGUUCUGUGGAGUGCAAUGAUCAUGGGAUAUGGAUUGCAUGGUCAUGGCAAAGAAUCCAUUGAUCUUUUUGGAGCAAUGAAGCAAGCUGGGGUGUGCCCAAAUGAUGUCACUUUUGUGGGGCUCCUCACAGCAUGCAAAAAUUCAGGUCUUGUGGAAGAAGGAUGGGAACUUUUCUACCAUAUGAGGGACUAUGGAAUUGAACCACGCCAUCAGCAUUAUGCCUGCGUGGUUGAUCUUCUUGGGCGUAAGGGGUAUUUAGAUCAAGCUUAUAGUUUUAUCAGGAACAUGCCAACUCAACCAGGUAUAAGUGUUUGGGGAGCUCUUUUGAGUGCAUGCAAGAUCCAUCGCAAUGUCACACUAGGAGAGUAUGCUGCUGAGCAGCUUUUCUCAUUGGAUCCUUAUAACACGGGGCAUUACGUUCAGCUGUCAAAUCUUUAUGCUUCAGCUCGCUUGUGGGAUCGUGUUGCGAAGGUACGAGUGCUAAUGAGGGAGAAAGGACUGAACAAGGACACGGGCCAGAGUGUGAUUGAGAUCAAUGGAAAGCUUCAGGCAUUUCAAUUUGGAGAUAAAUCUCAUCCAAGAUCCAGUGAGAUUUAUGAGGAGCUUGAGAAUUUAGAAAGAAAGUUAAAAGAAGCUGGAUUUUCUCCGCAUAAAGAAUCUGUCCUGCAUGAUCUCAACGAUGAAGAAAUUGAAGAAACACUUUGUAAUCACAGUGAAAGGCUGGCAAUUGCUUAUGGGCUUAUCAGUACUUCUCCAGGAACUACACUUAUGAUAACAAAGAAUCUUCGGGCAUGCGUGAACUGCCAUGCAGCAACCAAGCUUAUCUCAAAACUUAUGAAUAGGGAGAUAGUUGUCAGGGAUACUAAUCGUUUUCAUCAUUUUAAGGAUGGACUUUGUUCUUGUGGAGAUUACUGGUGAUAAAAAUGCCUGAACUUUUUUCGGCUUU